GAAAAAACGAGUUGUCGACAUUAUUAUUCGAAAUCGCUGCUAUUGUUAAUGCUUCAUAUAGGCGAACCUCAUGUCAUCUUCGAAUCGGGGAGUGCGCUGAGUGAAAUCUUUUAUGAUGAUGUUAAUAAAAAGAUUGUAACAGUUCGUGGCGAAGAUGUCGUAGAAAUAAAAGCCUAUGGACUCGAAUCAAACGAGAUAGCCCCUAUUCGAUUGAAGAACAAGAGCAAAAUUCGUGCUAUCAAAUUUUCUCCAGAUAAAUGCUUGAUAUCUGUGCAGUAUGAUGAAUCUACUGUCGAUUUUAUAAAUUUCACAGCCCUUAGUACUGAUACUUUAUCCACGUCUUUUUCACAAUCAACGAAAAAUCGUUCAGCACAUAUCAUUAGCCUGGAAUGGAUCCUGAACAGCCAAAUUCUCUUUAUUACAAAUCAGGGAUUAGAGUUGUAUCAAGUAAAACCAGAGAAGAAAUCGGUUAAGCUGUUGAAAUCAUACAAUAUUUCGUUAUAUUGGUAUUUAUAUUAUCCUUAUUCACAGCUGCUUAUUGUAUCGUGUGGAGUUGCCGGUGCUUUAUUAAAUCCUUUUGCUAUUCAGAAUGGAAGUAUAUAUCGAUUAAUGAAGUUCGAAGUCGAGUUUGAUAGUUCGAAUACAAAACCGCGGCUAUUGAAACGAGAAGUAUCCAUCAUAUCUCUAUAUAAUUCGUUGUACAUAACAGUGUUGCGCAGUGGCACUCGCGAUUCUACUAGUUCUGAAAUCGCUUUGUAUAAAAUGAGUGUGAGUGGGACGGAAGUACCAAAGCUUGCUCACAUUUUGUAUUUGGAUAUAGUCGGUGCCUUUGCCUUGCACGGAUUUGAUAAUUUGGUUGUUGUACACCAUCAAAGUUCAAAAACAUCAUUAAUUUUCGAUAUUGGUUUGGGCGAAGUUACAAAAGGUGUUUGCAUCUCACAUGCUCUUUUUAAAACUUCAUUGAACUGUUCGGACUCGCUACAGGCCAAAUUUUGUCACGAAUUCAAAUUAUACAGUCCUUCUUGGGUGAUGUUUCAGCCAAACUUUAUUACGGAUGCAAGUGUUGGUGUUUUCACAUCAGUUUCUUUAGAUCCAGUUGAAGCUGAAAAUUGUAUUGACGACAAGUAUCAGUACUUACGUUUCCUGUAUAAUAGAUGUAUUCCAAAGUCAGUGUUUUUGGAAAUUUUGAGACGCUGCAUAGUUGCUCAUAAGCUGAAACUGAAGCAACUGACACAUGUUUUUAAUUGGUUCGCGAAAGCAAUUGCUAAACGUUCUCCUCCAAUUUCGAGACAUGGCGACAGUGGUAUAAAAUAUACUUUGAUGGCUGAACCGUACAAAGAAAUUACAAUUGAACAGGGAGACGUUGUGGGCAAUUUAUUCCUGCUGCCGGAUGAUUAUACUUUAGAUCAGAAACUACGUUUUCUGCAGUAUAUGUUGCGCUAUCUUACUGCUUUGCGAGAAAACAAGUUAGAAGUACAGCCGUAUUUCCUGAAUGAAAUAUUGGUACCCACUAUGAUUACAAUGGGACAGUUCGAAAGACUUCAUCAGCUUCUUCUGUACCGCAUUAUUCCAGAUUCCAAACAACUUGCAUUUCAACUUCUUUCUCAUGAAGCAAAGUAUUCUCCAUUGGUUCAACUCGCUUUGGAUAUGCUCUCGAGACUUGGCACUGCUACCGAAGAAAUUGUUGAGAUUUUAAUUGCUAGAAGUCUGGUUAUAGAAUCCGUCAGAUUCUUGGAAAGUUCACAAUCAGCAGAUAAGGUAAAUGGUUUAAAGCUCAUUGAGAGUGCGUGGAAGGAAGAUCGUUUGAUUCGUUAUGCUAUCUUUUCAUACUUCCUUAAACGUGGUUCGAAAGUUAGAAGUUGCAGCACAAAUUCCGGGCAGUUCGAAGAAUUUUUGAAGAAAUUCGAAGCUUUAUUUGACGAUGAAGAAAUUAAAGCUGCCAGAAGAGAUUUUCACUGCAUGAGUAUUCCCGGAAAUGAAUUUUAGCAGCGGAAAAAAAAUUCUCAUCUGGGAACAAAUCUGAUUUCUCUAGAGUUUCGUUACAUGAAGAGUUCAGUUGAAGCCGUUAAAAUAACACUGAUGCAACACUGCAGUUACGCAGAUGCAUGAGACCUGCUGAUAAUGUUUUCCAUCUCUCUGAAAAAUUAUAAAUACAUGUAAAAUUCAGUCCAGGUUCGUCGGAUCCUACUUAUUUUACUCAUCCUAUCUUCUAUCGAUUAUGUCGAAAUUUUCCUGUUCUCCAUUUACACCACUCAUCAUUGUACUCAUCAUUGUAUUGCGCUGCAUCACCCUAAAACAUGCUUCAAAAUGUGCACUUCCUGUCACUUUUUGUUUCGAAAAACAAUCCAUACAUUUCAUUGUCAUGAUUUUGUUCAUUUGACCGUCAAAACGCA